UGCACUUCAAGUCGAAGGCAACAAAACGCGGAAGUGAAAAAGUGAAAAUUAAAGUAAAAAUUAAAAUAAAUGAAUAAAUUUUGUGUGCAAGUGAUAAAGGCAUAAAGCAAACUAAAUUGUUGAAGUGAAGCGUUUUAAGUUUAAGGAAAUUAACUUAUAAACCAAAAAGCAGUGAAAGACUGAAAAAGUUCGGCUGUUUUAUUUCAUUUUUAAGUGAGUAUCGAAGUUUUGUAUUAAAAAACUAAACUUUUAAGCUGUCCUUCUCGCAACGAAAGGUAGAAACUUAACCGAAUUAUUUCAAAAAAGUGUAAUUAAAAAUAAAUAAAAUGCCACUCAACUGGAGCCCCCCUCAACGUAAGAGGAAACUUACCAAGGGGGGCUCCGAAGUGUCAAUCACCUCAAAUUCAUCUUUAACCUCAAAUAUUUCAAAUCGUGCACAAAGCGCCAACAUCUACGCCACCAGCACGACCACCACCAACGCCACGAACAACAAUACCAAUACAAUAAAAUCCACCGCAUCCAACAGUAGCCACCCACAGUGUGAUGAUGACAGUUUCCUAUUACUCAAACAUCAACAACAACAACACACCUCAGCGCCACUAAAACUUGGCAAUUCGAAAUAUUCCCUGAAACGUUCAGCAAUAACAGCCAAUGAAGCCAUGAGCACGAGCAGCUCAAUGCAAUCGUUGUACUCAACGAAUUCUGCAACAAAAAUUUUGGAGACGAAACGUGAUGAGAUCGAUCAUUAUGGUUUAUUUUCAAAAACUGCUCAACACUAUGCAAAUCUCUCCAAACAACAACAACAUCAUCACCAUCAUCAUCAUCAUCAUUCCAGUUCACAUAUAAUCGGACGCAGUGGUAUUGGCGGCGGCGGCGGCGGCGGCGGUAGUGUAUGCUCAACCGACAGUGGUAGCAGCAAUAGAUUGAGUGGUGGCAGCUCAUCUACGAAGCGUGGCAAGAAACAAAAUUGGGGCUCUCGUGAUCGCGCUGGCAUGAGUUUUCUGAUUGUUAUUGCAUUUUUUGCCGUCUUUGGUCUGAUCGUGUUGAUGGAGCUGUUCAUGAUCGACGAACGUUCGCACACUGGAAUGAUGGCGUUGCGGCAUGGAAACAACUUUGGUUCACGUUCCGGUGAUUCAAUGCCGGAUUAUGAUAAUGUGAAGGAUGACUACGAUUUGCUGGAUGAAAAUCUAUUGAGUGAUAGUAAAUUAGGAUUUGUACAAUUUCGUGAUAAUAAAUUAAAAAUUCAAGAUGCUGAGAGCGAUGGCAAUGGACGCGUGGCGGGUGUUCUAAUCAAUUCCGGCGGCAUUGAAUCAGCGCAAGCUCAACGCGGCAAUGCAGAUGGCGCUGGUGCGGGCGUUGGCGGUGGCAUCGUACGACCCGGCGGCGGUAUGGGAACACCUAUAAUACCGUGGGGUAAGAUAUUACCUAGCAAAGUAGAGGAGACACUGCCACACUUUCCAAUUGGCAUGCAGCCAAAUGAUGGCGCUUGGCAAGUUGUCAACGGCACACGCUUCAAGUUUUUCGUCUUCUCGGCCUAUUAUGAUCGACGUGAUGGCGCGAAAUUGGUGCGCGUCAUAGGCGCGACCAAGACACGUACACCGGAGCGGGUGUGGUGUCGCUUUUGGUAUCCGCAGCAGUCAGCGCAACAACACAAACAUCCAGAGCAGCAAACGUCGUCAUACACAUCGGCAACUGUAAUGGCGCGAGUUAAGGUUAUACGCGAAAAUUGGAAUCUCAAAUAUAGCGCUGUCUUUGUACUUUGCCCUGUGCGACCCGCCGAACUGGAAGUGCCGCAUUAUGUUAGCAUUGUCGCACGUCUACGUACCCCACCGGGUAAUCUACUACAAUUACGUAACACCGAUUGGGAUCCCGACUUUGCGCAUCUUCGUACGCCACCGGCAGUUCUGGCUGCAGCGGCGGUGGCCGCGGCUAAUAGCAGCAAUGCUGCACAUGCUAAUGCAACCACAAGGCAACAACAACAGCGCCAACAGAAACAACAACCACACUACCAAAGACCAGCAACCAUGUCACCAGCGGGCGCUGAGUAUUUGCCAUACGGUUUGCCCACCGAUGAACAGAUACCGGACAAAAUCGCCGUCUGUGUGAAGCCCUUCCAUUUCAAUUACGAUCAGGCAUUGUAUCUAAUGGAAUUUCUGGAGUUUUACGCUCUCUUGGGUGUGGCACAUUUCACAUUCUAUAAUCACACCUUGGGACCGCACGCGACUUGCGUGCUGCAACACUACAUUGAUGGUGAUAUACCGAACACUUCGACAGCUUGGGAUGUGGAUUUGGCGGAGGUGUUGGGCAGAGGUGUUAGCCUAAUGGGACAGGAUGCCGCUAAAGUGGAUGCUGUGCUUAGCGGUUAUUAUAAUCUCAAUAAUAAUAUCAACAACAACAACAAUAAUAAUAAUUAUAACAAAAACAACGAUGGAAUGAAUUUUUACCACAAAAGCACGAAUCCCAAUAAUAAUGUUAAUAAUCAAACAGGCGUGGCAGCACAAACACCAGUCGCUGCCUCAGCCUCAGCCGCAGCCGGAGCCGCAGCAACAGCACAAACAAAACAAACAACAGCGACAACAGAGGUAACCGGUGCACUGCAACCACCGCCACCACCACCACCGCCAGCACAACCGCAGUUGCCACCUCGACCACCACCUCUAGAACCGACCUUGCCGCCAGCGAAGCGUUACAAGAGUACAAACUAUGCUAAGCCCACAAUUAAUAUUCUGCCAUGGAAUUUGCGUAUGCGUUCACAAAAGGAAAUACGCACCGAAGGGCUUUUUGCAGCGCUCAAUGAUUGCCUCUAUCGUACGAUGCAUCGCUACCGAUACUUGGCGAUGGUGGAUUUGGAUGAAUUCAUUGUGCCUCGGCACAACGAUACGCUCAACGAAUUAAUUAACUCACUUAAUCAUCGCUUCCGUUACCGCAGCCUGGGCGCUUACUCUUUUCAAAAUGCUUUCUUCUAUCUACAAUUCCCCGAUGAUCCCUUGGUGACACAAACGCACUCUUACCAUGGCGGCGCGCAAAUGGGCCAUCAAGAACCGUAUGCUCAUACGAAUUCUGCGCUACGUGCUUCAUUGGUGACACAACGAAAGACACGCAGACGCUUAAAACUCCAUCCGCAGAAGCAACGCUCAAAAUACAUUUGCAAACCUGAAUCGGUUAUCGAAGCUGGCAAUCAUUUUGUUUGGGAGUUUUCACCGGCGAAAGGUUCAUUAAAUGUGCCACCAACAGAUGGUAUAUUGCAGCAUUAUCGUGUGUGUGAAUUCGGUGGCAAUGAUUGCAUUAAAGCGCCGUCGGUAGUCGAUCGCACCGCCACGAAGUAUGUCAAUCGUUUGGUGGAGCGUGUUGAAUUGGUUUAUAAACAUUUGAAACAUCGUUGUGAUCUGCCCGCAUUGCCAAAUGAAUCUGAACCACAAGAACAAUAUCAAGCGCAACGACAACAAGAGCAGAAACAACAACAGCAACAACAACAACAACGAAAAGAACAUACCCAAAGUACAGGUGAGUUGUUAAAGGCAGAGGUUAGUGCUAAAGCAUUAGCAAAUAAAAUGAACAAUAAUAACGAUAAUAACAGUAAAGGUGUAAAUAAAAAACGCGAAGCUAUCAAUGCCAGCGCUGAUGAGCGCAUAAGAACAUUGGCGAACGUCAAAUCGAAACGAGACAACGAUCGUGAAAUUAGUAGUAAUUCUAGAAACAGUGCAACGAUAUUACAGAAAGCAGCGGUGUUAAGUAGUCUGGACACCAUCGAUCCGACGGUGAGUCCGGCGCAUCACGAGGAAUACAAAGUGAAACGAAAGAAGCGAAAAAUUGUGGUAUUCGAACAGGAUGAAGAAGGUUUGCCAACAGCACGUCUCGAGUACGUGGAUAAUUGAAUAAAAUUGUAAGGGUGUUAAAGCAAACAGGAAGGUUGUGUAUUUUUGUUUUUUAAUUGCACAAAUAAUACCCGUGAAGGUACAAUAUGUUUUAAAAUUGAAUAUUAUGUGGAUACGUAAGUAAGGCGCAAUAGUAUUUUGUGGAAUUUUUUAAUUUUUUCAUAUAUAGUUAGUUAUAUUAUAUCAUUAAUUUGUAGAAUUCUUAAUUUGUUGAGAAACUUUAUCUGUUUCCAAAAUCCUUUUUCCUUUUAUUAUAUUCAUUUUUGUUCUUACUAAAAAAAAAAAAAUACCUGCAAGGGUCGGCAGAUCUUGGUAUUGAGCCUUUACUACUUCUAAA